AAUUAAUUCAUUUUAAUUUAAUUUAAUUAAUUUUUUUAUUUUCCAAUUUUUCUAUUUUUUUAUAUUUAUCUCCCUCUACCCCCGUCAAUCCCCGUAAACUAAAAAAAUUUUUUUUUGUAUUUUUAUAUAAUAAAAAAGUAAUUAAAUUGGUAAAAUAAUAAUAAUUUUUACUGUAUAAAUAAUUUAAUUGUGUAAAAUAAAAUUUUUGGAUGGAUGGGAGGUUGAGACUGGGAGAGAGUGCUGUGAAUGACUUGGAGAGUUUGGCGUUGAUAUUUAACGUAGACUUGGAGUUUAUGGAAAAACUCAUCAAAUUCCUAAACCUCAGCAACACAACCACAACCGAAGAUCUCAUACACAAUCUCAUCUUCACCUGGCCUCCAACACUCGUCUUCCAAGAUUUCUAAUCUUCCACACUAUUCUCCAAUUGUUACGAGUUAACAAAUUAACCAAAUUGUUGUCACCAGUAGACAAUAAUUCUGUUGUCACGAGUAUACAACUAGUUGUCACGAGUUUACACUUUGUUAUUACGAGUAGACAAAAUAGAUAAAUUUGUAAAAAUGGGUAUAUCAUAUCCUUGUGGUAGAAGAUUGUGUGACGUGGUGAAGCUCCCGUUGUUGAGGAAACUGUCCCCGAAACGGAUUUCCCAGCUGUGGCAACAGUACUACGAGUCAACUCCUUAUAUCAAUGCUAAAAUAAUAACUUCGUCAGACUAUGUGAAAAUUCGUGCUAACAGUCGUUGUAAAGAAUUUGUGAUCCCCGUGCCCAAGGGGCCGGGGAAUUACUUUAAUCUUUUCCUCCAAUUUCACGGGAAGUCUGUGCUCUACACUUCUGUACACUCCGUUAAUACCAGGGGCAUUACUAAUAGUGUGCCCCUGAUGGUACUAACGUUUUAUGACGAGUUGGAAGAGUCGCACGGGAUAAUACUACUGCGUAGUGAUGUCCUGGGAGAAAUAACAAAAGAGGAAUCAAUGAGUGUGUUGGAGAAUACGUUGAAGUUUUAUAUCGACUUUAAUCUCUUCCAGUGGGUAAACACUUUUAACUCCAAACCCAAGGAGUUCAACUAUGAAGACUACAUUAAACAAAAUAAUCACAUCUUCAAUAUUUUUUAACACUUUA